AUGUAUUUCCCCGCCGGAGUGGCCAAAUCACUCUCGUAUGAAUCACAUCCCCAAGAAAUAUCCAUUCUCAUACAGUGUAACUCGUCAAAAUCGCAAUUCCUGCUGCUCACCUCGACUGCCGUAUGCGUAUGGAGCGUGCGACCACUUGUGCAUCUUUGUUCCCUUACUCGAUCCGAGACUUCUAUUGCUCUUCAUGGGACGAAUUGCAGUGCAAAUUGGUCUCCGGAUAGCACCCGAAUUGUGGUUCAAACGACAUCCUCUUACUUGGUCCUGAUUAAAGUGAAGAAGGACCCUGAUGUGCUCGCGUACAGCUCGUCAAGUCUUGCUACUGCAGCGCUAAAGCGUUUUCAGCCUGGUCCAGGAGAGGAGGCUCAUCUGCAUGUUCACCACCUGUCCCUGGAGGGCGUGAUUCAGGUUCGAGGCGAACUUCGAUGCGUUUCACCUCGUCAGACGCACAUUCUAUUCUCGACUUCGAUUCCGCCAGCCGUGCAACGCAUACCUUGGCCGAUCACUAAUGACUCCGAUUCGGGCUCAGAUGGAGAAGAUAUUGGGCAUCAAAAAUGGCUGGGUCACGAUACGUGGAUGACUCAUCAGGAGGACAUGCCUUGGCUCCUGCAGUCGAAUGUGAUGGUGGAUAUCAUUUAUCACGACAAAGGUAGCAACCUGGAGGGGUGGAUUACGUCUGAUGGCUGUGCAUAUAUUGUGUAUCUCUCCGAGGGCGAAGCAGAACCCUCGGCACAUCGCGCCUCAAAGGAAGGGGAAAAUCGUGUGUCAAAUAGUUCAUUGGAGCAGGUGUUACAUGACUCUGCGCUGGCACACGAAUCGCUGGAUGUGACUCUCGAUUGGCAUGGAAUCUGUAUUUAUGGCCAGGCCACCGAUAAAGCUAGUCCUCAGGCCCCAGAACCGACCGGACAGCCCCUAUCCCCGGGAAACAAAGACAUUUCGAAUAGAGCCACAACCUUAGCCUUUAAUCACGUUUUUUCUACGGUGGCCGUUGGAACACAGAGCGGAGCAAUCUUCUUGCCAACAAUCCCGACAAGUGAUUCUCCUGUCCUUCCUGCCGAUGUCAUCGAGCCACCAAGGGUUCUGGGACCCACGCAUAGUUCUGAAUAUGCAACAGGUGUUGGAGCGGUGCAAACCAUCCAAUGGACUUCAGAUGGCUACGCUUUCGCCGUAGGCUGGGAAAAUGCAUGGGGAGUUUUCAGUGUAUCCGGCCGUUGCAUAUCAUCCAGCACGGAUUCGGAAGGAGUUAUCAAUGACACCACGUUCGAGGACGGGUUCCUAUUCGGUAUCAGAUCAUUGUUCUGGGCCCCUGGGAAUACUGAGCUUUGCACAUUGGCAACAAGAGCCCCAAAACUUUCCCGAUUAUUCGUCAUCCCGUUCGCGAAGAGCACGAUCACUAAUCAACAGUCUCCCGAUAACACUAGAUAUGCUAUUCUCCAACAAGAUGAUGCUGUCAUGAUUUAUCGAGGCGCAGACCAACCUGAUAUGAGCGUUAUCAAUCCGGAGGCGGAUGUUUGGCAACACCUUAAAAUGCCACUCACUUACAUUCGUAGCUAUUGGCCGAUGCGAUAUGCAUCGAUAAGUAACGAUGGACGAUUGCUCGCUAUUGCUGGCAAAAGAGGACUCAUUCACUGGAGCGCCGCAUCUGGACGUUGGAAAUCUUUUGCCGAUGAAGCACAGGAACAGGCUUUUUUUGUUCGGGGCGGGAUGGCAUGGUUCAAUCAUGUCUUGAUAGCCGCAGUUGAUUUCUCGGGUUCAUACCAGAUUCGUCUGUAUUCGCGAGAUCUUGACCUUUCCACAGGUAAUAUACUACACCGUGAAAUCCUCCCUUCGCCUGUAAUCCUUCUAUCGCUGAUCGAGACAUCACUCCUGGUUUACACUCUCGAUAACACAUUAUUCCAUUUUCUCAUCACGACAACCAUGGAAUCGGUCAAACUGCAUUUAUGCGGUAGCAUGAGUUUUGAAGGCGUUGUCUCCAAUCCGAAAUUGGUGAAGGGGCUGAGUUGGAUGUUACCAUUUGCCCAGAAACAACUUGGUGAUCCAAACAACGAUCUGACGGUGGCUACCAUCAUUUUAUUGGUCAGUGGCCGCCUGAUCUUGUUAAGGCCACGUAAGGUUGGAGCGCAUGAAGUGAAGUACGAUAUGCAGAUUCUCGCUCGACAGAUCGAGUUCUUCUGGAUCCAUCUAACGGGUAUCGGCGCGCUAGAAAAUUCAUUGUGGGGGUAUGACGGGUCUAGGGUCCGGAUCUGGCUUGAUGCAUUAACCAUCGAGGCAGCAUACGUGAACACUGAAUUAGACGCUUAUGAAAGCAUCAAGGAGAGCGUCUCGAUUCCUCUGUCAUUCUAUCCUCUAUCUGUACUGAUGGACAAAGGUGUCGUCAUCGGUAUUGAGCAUGAAACCGCGACGCGUCCAUCGCUCCCGUUCGCAAUGUUCCGUACGAUUACUAGUACCCACCUCUUCCUACAUCACGUUCUAAAAUAUCACAUAAACCGUGGUCAAUUGAAGGAUGCUGUUAUGCUGUCAGCAAAUUACCAGGAUUUGGUAUAUUUUGCGCAUGUCUUGGAGGUCUUCCUUCACACCGUUCUAGAGGCUGAUUCCCAAGCCCAAGACACAGAGGCCGAUGAGACUCUGAACUCGGCGAUUGAAUUUGUCGACCAUUUCGACUCCGCGCUUGACGUGAUUGCCAACUGUGCGCGCAAAACGGAGAUGUCGAAGUGGAAGAAACUUUUCGAAAUAGCGGGCAGCCCCAGAGAGCUCUUCGAGUCAUGCCUAUCUAUGGGAGCUCUUAAGACUGCUGGAUCAUAUCUUUUUGUUCUUCAUAAUUUGGAGCACACCCAAGAUGUCAACCAAGAUACAGCCAGGCUGCUGCAAAAGGCUUUGGCUGCGGAAGAUUUGAACUUGUGUCGGGAAUUACUUCAUUUCUUGCGAUCCAUUGACGAAUCUGGAGCUGCUUUAAUGGGAGCCAUGCAGAUAGUAGGGUUAAAUAUCGAUCCACCACAGUUAGAGGAACAGCAAGAGACGCUUCUGGAUGAGGCUGUUUAGUAUUAUUAUAGGUUUAUUUCUUGCGUGAACUAUUACUGUAAUAUUUAACAUUAUUAUGCUGACACGCGGCAAGCGUCAAGCGUGCUACGCAACUGCUGACCGGGAGUGACGGUUGUCAUUA